UACAUCUACCCUAAUUAAAAUUAUGUUUUACUUUAAUAUGAUUGUAUUAUGAUACUUAUAGUAAUGAUUGUUUGCCAAAAUGUGGAGAUAGUAUUUUUGUAGGUAUAGAAUAAUGUGAAGAUGGGAAUAAUAAUCCUCAUGAUGGAUGUUAUUAAUGCCAAUACUAAUGUCAUGAAAUGUGCAAAAAAUGCUAAAAAGGGUAAUGUUUAGAAUAUUAUAAGGGAUAUUAUUUAAAUGGGCAAUAAUGCUUAACGAAAUGUGGAGAUGUUUAAAUAUUAGCAAAUAAAAAUAAGAAAUAGAUGUUUGAAUAACAAUAUUAAAAUUGGAGAUGAAUUGUGUGAUGAUUAAAAUUAUAUAGAAAGAGAUGGUUGUACGUUUUGUGAAAUUGAUCCUUUUUAUAAAUGUGAGGAAGAUUUAAACUUAUUAAGUCUAUGUUAUAGAUGCUAGAUAAUUGUGAAGUUUUGCAAACGAUGCAAAAGUGGAUAUUCCUUAAACAUAAUACAUGCAAUUCAUGUUCAGAUAAGUGUGAAGAGUGCAUCGAUACUCCCAACAAUUGCACGGUGUGCUCAACAGAUGGUUGCACAAGAUGUGACAUUAUAUCUGGGUUUUAUUUGGAUAAAUAUCUAAAAUCAUGUGUUACGAAAUGUGGAGACAAUAUUAUUGCUGGAAAUGAAUAAUGCGAUGAUGGAAAUAGAAUAGAUAAAGAUGGAUGCAAUUCUAGAUGCGAGAUCGAUAAAGAAUUUAUUUGCAAAGAGAACAUCUGCUAUGUUCCACCUUAGAAAAAAAUUAGUCUAAAUUAUUCAAACUCAACCACUACAAGAUCUUAUGAUAGAUGAUAUUUGUGAAAAAUUGAAGAUUCGAAUAGAAUUAUUUAAAUCUCAUGAUUUUAAAUGUGAAAUUAAGAGGAAAGAUAACUAAAAUUAAACCUAAUAUGCUACGUGUGAAAUUAAAUUUAAUUUCUUUAAAACCAUAGUUGAAUCCAACCUUAUCCAUAUUGUAGUACCAUUGAAAGAUAACUUAACUAGAUUACUUGAAGAAGAAACUAGGGAAAUUGUAAUUUCUCCCAGAAGAUUCACUUAUUAUAAUCAAGAAUAAAAAGCUCAAGCUUAAAAUAUUGUAAAAGCAUCUUCCACCUUUACAUUUCUACUUUAAUUUAUUGGACCUUUAACAAUUCUUCUUGGAGGAUUUGUACUUUUUUUGGUCGAUUUUAGAUGUAAUGACUUGGAUUAAUAACCUUUUAUUUUAUAAAUGUAGAUUUUCCUAAGAAUGUUUUAAUUGGAUUAAGUAUUUAAUAUUCCUAAUUUUUUCACAUUAAAUUCUCCAUAAGAUCCAUAUUAUUUUGAAGCACCUGCUAAAUUUACUGAAAAAGAUGUUAAUCCUUUCUAAUUAUUUUGUGAAUUCAUUUUAUUAGCAAUUUUAGGCUAUAUUUUCUCUACUUGUAUAAUGUCAGCCAUUUAAAUUAGAUAAAAAUCAAAUCGCAUCAUAACGAAUAAAAUGAAAAUUUUUUCAGUAAUUGAGAUCAAUAAAAGUGUUGAAACAAAAUAACCUCAAAAUUAAAAAAGCAAAUAACCGCCCUAUUUAAUUCUUUUUUAUAUCUAGAAUUACUAUGGUUUACAGAGAAUUUUAGAGCUAUAUUACUUUAAAUUGUUGGAUUAGUUUUUUUGGAUAUUUGUUUGGCUUGUGCUCUUUAAUUAAAAUAUACAAAAAAUUCAGACUGUUGUUGGAGUACUUUUUAUAUACAUAGUGUUUUAAAUAUAUUCAUUUGUCUGUUCAUUACAUUAAAUUCUAUAUGAAACAUAAAGGUUUAAGAAUAAUUAUUCUUCUUUAUAUGAAGACAUUAAUACCAAACAAUCAUUAGGUAGGAAUUAUUGUUAUGUAAAUUUAAUUAGAAAAACCUUUUUAUAUUUUUUACAGUUUACUUUUAUGAAGUACCUUUGUUGUAAACUGCCUUUGAUUUUCUAUUAGAAUCCAUUCGAAAAUAGGAGGUUGCUAAUAUUCUCAUUAGUAAAUGAUUUUUGCAUAUUUAUGAUAAUUUGCAUUACUGUGUUAUUGGCUAUAGAUGAUGUUAGCAACAUAUUUUCAUUUGAUGAAAAGUAUUUUAUUGGAUGGAUAAUAUUAUUUUUCGUUGGGCUCUCAAUAUUUGUGUAGGCGAUCUUUAUGGUUUAAUAGCUAUUUUAGGGAAUGUAGAUGAGAAUUAAAAAUUUAAAGAAUUUCUUAUGUUAUUAACCAAAUUAACAGAAUUGA